AUGGGGAAAAGAAUGUGGGCCCCAGUAACUCGCCCAACAAGAACACCUAUCCUGCCUGUAGCUGACAGCUGGGUGGGUCGUUCAGUUGCUCUUGGAUCGUGGGCAUCCAGAGAUGGGCUAGCAGCCGGUUCGCACUAUGGGUCUUUACUUCCUCCUACUGAUGAGGUAUCAGAGCCAGGAGCAGCCUCAACGCUCCCAAGAAACUCAAGGAUCACGGGAACUACAGAAGCUGCGGGGGCGUCAAGGGGUGCAGGGGCAUCAAGAGCAGCAGGUGAUGGACGGCGAGUGAAACCGCCUUCUGGGGUGUCUACGCGAACGCAAAGAGGUAGUCGUACAGAUGAAGAUACUGCGGAACAGGGAACGAGCAGAACAGCCUCAGCCAGUGACAAUGGAUCUGAGGGGUCCGAGGGAACAGAGGGGUCAGCAGGAAGAGAGGGAGAGGAGGCAGCAGAGGGAGCAACAGAGCCCGGAUCAUCAUCAGCAGGAGCUGUUGGUGGUGCAGCGAAAGCAUCUGAGGGGUCCGAGGGAACAGAGGGGUCAGCAGGAAGAGAGGGAGAGGAGGCAGCAGAGGGAGCAACGGAGCCCGGAUCAUCAUCAGCAGGAGCUGUUGGUGGUGCAGCGAAAGCGAAAGCAGCAGCAGAUGCUUCACGUCGAAAAGAUACAAGACCUUUUUGGCAGCCAAAACCAGCGCCCCUACCACACUGGGCAUUUCCUGAAGUUCAAGACCCAGAGGCGAGGAGUGAUCUGGCUGCACUCACGAACUUUAUGAAAACACUCCGGGUACCCCGUCGUCAUCACCGUGAAGGAAAGUGCUCAGUUGUAUUGAACGGCAUCUUCUUUGAAUUCACCAUAGUGGAAGUGGUGAGAAAAGCUGUAUGGGCUGGCCAGGACGUAGAAAAAGCUGUAUGGGCUGGCCAGGACGUAGAGUAA